ACUCAGGGGUUCCCCCUCGCGGAGAUCACAACCCCUCAUCUAUGGUGCCCUACCCUUGUGACGGAAGCUCCACUAACGCCCCUACAACCUCCAGCCACUCCUCUUACCACCAUGGACCUGUCCCUGACAGCCUGUCUGGGCCUGGGUUUAACUCGCUGGAUCUCCCCUCCAGGCCAAGGGGUGCUCCCUCUCCUAGCCCCAGGAUUGAGAUCACCCCAUCAGGGGACCCUCACCAGACUCAUCCCCUGGACGCCAGCCUCAGAACCACGGCCCUGACUGUGCCUGGCUAUGAGAACACGGCCUAUCGAGAACCCCAGAGCCCUGCCAGCAGCAACUCCUCCACGGGCUGGCUGUCUGAGGCCUACUCGCCCUGGGUCUCGCCUUGUGUAUCUCCCAGUGGUGGUGGGGGCGUGGUUGGCUUGACCGCCUUGGACCUCCUCCCGGGCCUCCAGGGCAUCCAUACGUCCUCGGCCCACUCCUCCCCUGGGACCUCCCCGCGAACCAGCAUCACAGAGGAGACUUUCCUGGUACCGCAGAGUCAGCGGUCUUCCUCGCCACACUCCCACGAUUACCCCCGCUCUCGCUCCGCCUCUCCUCAGGGAAAACGCACCUACGACCAGUACAGCGGCCCCAAUCUGGGGACCACCAGCCAGCAGCAGCAGCGCUCCCGGAGCCCAAGCCCCAGCCCCUCGCCUCACCACCCCCAAGGACGACCCUUGGCCCAAGCUGACCCACAGGGCAAUGCCCCUCAGCAGAUGCCCAGCGUUGAAGAGGUGUUGAGCAGCCUCAGCUCCAGCAUGCCCAGGGCGGUCCCCUCCAAGAUGGUGCGGCCCAGUGUUGAGUGCUAUACGUAUGGAGAGAGCCAGGGGGAGCAUGGGCGGAGAGGCAGAGCUGGGGCUGAGACCUUCUACAUCCUCCCUACAUCUUUCUGGCCGGCUUCACUAGCCCAUGGAGCCUUCAGUGGCAUCCCUGUGCCAUCUCUGCCCCCUCUAGAGUGGCACUUGCCCAGUCACUCCGACCAGUAUGAGCUCUGUCUGGAGCAGCAGCCUAAACAGCACCACCGGGCCCACUACGAGACAGAGGGCAGCAGGGGAGCAGUCAAAGCGGCCAGCGGAGGACACACUGUGGUUCAGCUUCAUGGAUACAGAGGCACUGCUCCACUGGGUCUGCUGGUGUUCAUCGGAACGGCUGACGAGAGGGUCCUCAAACCCCAUGCCUUCUACCAGGUGCACCGCAUCACGGGGAAAACGGUCACCACACCAAGCCAAGAGAGAAAGGUCCAUGGCACCAAGGUCCUGGAGAUCCCUCUGGAGCCCAAGAACAACAUGAGAGCAGUGAUUGACUGUGCUGGGAUACUAAAGCUGAGAAAUGCUGACAUCGAGCUCAGGACAGGCGAGACAGACAUGGGACGCAAAAACACCUGUGUCCGCCUUGUCUUUCGGGUCCAUAUUCCUCAACCAGGAGGACAGUAUGUCUCUCUUCAAGUGGCCUCCCUUCCCAUCGAGUGUUCCCAGAGGUCGGCCCACGAGCUUCCCACUGUAGAGCGCCAGGACGUAGAGCGCUGCUCGGUUCUAGGGGGACAACAGGUGAUACUGACAGGACAGAACUUCACCUCUGAUUCCAAGGUGGUGUUCACAGAAAAGACACCUGACGGGCUACAAAUCUGGGAAGCAGAAGCUACAGUGGACCGAGACAAGAGCCAGAAAAGCAUGCUGUUUGUGGAGAUCCCUCCGUAUCGAGAUCCCACCAUUCAUCACGCGGCUAAAGUCAAUUUCUAUGUGAUCAACGGGAGGAGAAAACGCAGUCAGGCGCAGCACUUCACCUACACUCCUUUAACCGUUCCCGCCAUUAAAACGGAACCCGUAGAUGACUUCCAGUUUGGCCAGCUGGGCUGCGCUGUCUCCCAAAUCCUAGGAAUGUCAUCCAAGUCCUACCACCACACCCCCAGUAGCCAUCUCAACCCUAAUAGCCACAUAGUGGCUGGCAUGACAUCCUUGGCAUCCUGCCAGCUUGCAAGCCAUCACGAUCCCAAUGCCUAUCAACCACAGGACCCAUCUGUCUAUUACCCCAGUAAAAGCCGAAGCCUGGGAAGCACCCCUGUCCUGUAUCAAGAUAUGAACCACCACCCAGUGAUGAUGCACAGUGGUUCCCCAUCUCAGAUGUCCUAUACCCAGCACUACUCCAGCCAAGCGUCCCAACCCUUCCACCCCUCUCGCUCGGCCACCAAUCAGCGUGUUGUCAACGUAGCUGUCCCAUUGGCCCAACACCAGCACGCCACCAUGGUGGGUGAUGGGUACCGGGCUGCAGCUUCAUUAUGGAAGGUUGGUGACUCGCCAGAGGCCUGUUCCUCAAAAGGCCAGUACCAGGGCUUCAUGCACACGGUGGUGCCUGUCUUGAGCAGGUCUCCACCACAACACAGCCACAUCCUGACCCAGAGAGGUCCAGCCGCUACAGGGAGCCAGAGUGGGCCAGUCCCUGGGAAGGUGACAGCGAAGCAAGAAAACCUGAACCAAGCCUAUCUGGAUGAUGUGAAUGACAUCAUAAGGAAUGAUCUGACUGUCCGCAGUAACGAGCAGUAAAGAGCAUCUAUAUUGUGACCAACAAUCACACGGGCUCCAGAAAGGCCAUGACGUCAUUCUACUGUCUGAUUGCCCCCCUUCAUAUGUACUGUAUAUAGGGUGUUAAGUCAAAAUUGCAUCUUUUGACAAAUGGGUAGAAUAAUAUGUUAAUUGUGUAGAUAAUCCUCUAAGAAAACAAAUGGUCCAAAUCUCAUAUCUUUAUCAUAAUAUGUUCACAAGUUAUUGGAGUUUUUACCCUUGUAGGAUGGCCAGAAUUACGGUGACUAAAUCAAUGGAUGCCAGAGAAAAAAAUCUAAAAAGUUAAAAAUCAGGAAAAUUGCAUUGGAUCAGCUAGGCUGGACUCUGGGCUACCGGCUACCUGACAGGCUCACUUUCCCAUUGGGACAAAAAACUAUUUAGAGGUAAGAUGGAUAUCGAUUUUGAGAAGACAUAUUGUAUUUUCAUAUUUUAGUAUAUGCUUUUCAUAUUAAUUUGAAUUUCCUGUUAUUUUUUGAAGAUUUCACUGAGCGUGUACCAGAAGCGGUGAGUGGGUAAAAUCCCUGAGCAAGCCAAGAAAGUAAAAAAGUCAUAUUACAACCUACGUUUUGAUAAUUGCGUUGUUUGCUCUAUAACCCAUUCAUUCAUUUGCCACCGUGAUAUACAAUAAGGCCCGUGACAACAAAAAGACAACAGUCACACAGUGGCGGAAUAAAUUCAACUACACAUACGUUUGUUUCACAAAACCGGAGAGCAACAUCUGUCCAGUGAAGUCCACAAAGCAAAUAUUGCAUGCAACAAACAGUUAUAUCGCCUGCAGCAUAGUCAAGCAAGUUAAUGUUUUCUACUGAUUUAGAACCACAGAGGUGCCGCAAGUCAGCACAAAGACAAAAAGAGCCCUGCCUCUGCUAUUUCAGCACCAUUUCAACUUAAACAUUUAAACAUCAUCAAAUCAACAAGGCUAUUUAUGCUUAGUUUAAUACACUGAAAACAAACUUAAAGAUACCA